GCCCCGCUCGCGUCGCUCCGCGCUGGAUUGCUCGCGCCUGGCCGGCGCCGUCUGGGGCCCGGCGGGCGGCGCGGCCAGGCCCGCUCAGCCGAGCGCAGAGGCGGCCGCAGGAACAAUACGGCGGCGGGCGCGGAGCCGCGCGGCCGCCCCGCACCAUGUACGCGUUCGUGCGGUUCCUAGAGGACAACGUGUGCUACGCGCUGCCCGUGUCCCGCGUGCGGGACUUCAGCCCCACCUCCCAGCAGGACUUCGACAACCAGAAGGUCUACACCGUGUACCGCAACCCCGAGGAGGCGGCGGACGAGGACGACGAGAGCCCCGGCGAGUGGGGCGACCGGCUGCUGCUGCACAAGGCCCAGAUCCUGGCGCUGGCAGAGGACAAAACUGACCUUGAGAACAGUGUGAUGCAGAAGAAAAUUAAAAUCCCCAAACUCUCUCUCAAUCACAUAGAAGAAGCUGGGGAGGUUACAGAUUAUGGGGAAGAAGAUGUGGAGCUUAGACACAGUAAGAGACAAGAUGGGAGGAAACAAAGUGAAGGUACACACAAAAGCAUUGAAGCAGUUGUUGCUCGCCUUGAAAAACAGAACGGGAUGAGUCUCAGUAAUACUUCCAGCCCUGAGGAGGCUUUUAUGGAGGCUACAGAGGGCAUGAACAAUAUGGACGAUGCUGUAGUUCCUCGGAUUCUCUAUGAGGAAUUGCUGAGGAGUUACCAGCAGCAACAAGAGGAAAUGAGACACAUUCAACAGGAGCUGGAGAGAACGCGGAGACAGCUCGUGCAACAGGCAAAGAAGCUAAAGGAGUAUGGGGCACUCGUGUCAGAAAUGAAAGAGCUCAGAGACUUGAACAGGAGGCUCCAGGAUGUACUGCUGCUAAGACUAGGUAGUGGACCUGCCAUUGAGGUUGAAAAAGUAAAACCUGAAUCAAUUGAGCCUGAACCUGAGGUACAGAAGACCUUCAGUGAGGAAGCAAAUACAUCAACGUACUUCCCUGCCCCUGUUCCAGUAAUGGACAAGUAUAUUCUCGAGAAUGGAAAGGUCCAUCUUGGCAGUGGAAUUUGGGUAGAUGAGGAGAAAUGGCACCAGCUGCAAGUAACACAAGGAGAUUCAAAGUAUACAAAAAAUCUAGCGGUUAUGAUUUGGGGAACAGAUGUUCUCAAGAACAGAAGUGUCACAGGAGUUGCAACCAAAAAAAAGAAAGAUGCCGUUCCCAAGCCACCUCUCUCACCUCACAAAUUAAGCAUUGUCAGAGAAUGUUUGUAUGAUAGAAUAGCACAAGAAACUGUGGAUGAAACUGAAAUUGCACAGAGACUCUCCAAAGUCAACAAGUACAUCUGUGAAAAAAUCAUGGAUAUCAAUAAAUCAUGUAAAAAUGAAGAAAGGAGGGAAAUUGCAAAGUACAAUUUGCAAUAAAUUUUGGAUUUUUAAUAAAGUCUUAGUGUUUUACUUAA